GCAGCCAGCCGGAUAAUCACAGUUGACCAGCAAGCUUGCACCUGUAUGAUAAUGAAGUAGUAAGUUAGUCAGUUAGUUACCUGACUAACUACCGCCAAAGUCCAAUGUCAUGAUCAAAGAUUUUCAGUACUUGCUGCCAGCUUCCUGAUUAAAGCUUUCCUUCGUAUUCGUGGAUGACUUAUUUAGGAGUACUCUCCCCUAGGUGGGUGGUUGGUAGUUAUUCUUCUUCAUCUCUGCAGGGUUUUUCUAGGAUCAGUGUUGAAUGAACUCCCACAACCUUCUCCCUUCACUUUGACCUAACUGGGCUUUUUUUGGGAUGCAUCCGUAUGCACUUCUUGCCAGAUUCAUUCGAGCAUUUCGGAGGUUGAAAGCGAUCGCGUCAAGUCGAAAAUCCACCUAGUUACGGGCGCUAGCACAGCGCUCGCGCCUAUUACCUACGCAGCGUACAUGCUCCGCACCAGACAGAAGCCUCCAAGCGGAUCCCAUCGAGAGAGCAUUAUUGUCAGAAGAAGGAACGGGUUUGAUCCCAAGAAUACUUUGCGCCACGAUUAGUUCCCUACUUGCAGGAAAAGGGGGUCACCGUUCUCUCUUGAUCCUGAAAUGGACCUCGAUGAUAUUUCAAGUGGUAUCCCAAGCGACCAAAAACCAAGGAAGGAACAUACAUACCUACAUACCUUACAAUAUCCACGGUAUGAGCUUCUUCUUGAAACCAUGGGAACCUAGUUAUACGUGUACGUCGGAGUUGAGCGUUGACGAUGCAGGCAAGUGUCCCUGCGGAACCUUGCUUGAGAAUGAGCAGACUGUUCUGGUAGAUUCGAUACAUUUGCAAUGCUUUGCCAGCAGUUGCAAGGCAACGAGGAAGCCAGGUCAUUUAAAGUAUUGCUCGACUGAUCUCCCUAUUGGCGAAGACAUUUGCAAUGCGUGCCGAGACUGUGGACGUUUUCGUUGAGUGUCAACGAAUACUGAAAUAAUUCUAUGCCUACCAUCGAGCCCUCGCCCGUGGUCUAACUAUGCUAUGGGUUUCAAGCGUUCGGCAUCCACGGAAGAUCAACCCCGCAAAAUAGAGCCUGUUUCUGUGCGAUAUUCUGAAGACAUCUUUAUUUACGGCUACGUACUACAUGUACUUUGCAUUCUUAACAUGCUAAAUGAAUGCAGCACUUAACUAGCGGACCGACAGAAGGCUCACAUCGUAGCCCUUGCAAUCAGAGCAGUUGUAGAACCUAUUCUGCCAGCGAAACAUGAAUAUGAGCUUCACCGGGAAAUCUUAGCUUUCCUAAUUUCGCAUGGGUAUAGGGCAGUGAGAAUCUAGCGCCAUUACCCCAUUGUUGAGGGGCAGAAGGUCACCACUACAGGCAACCUAUCCGUUCCUUCCACUUCACUUCUAAGGCUAGAAUGGAAAAGUGGAUGGAGUACAAAUUUGCGAAGAAUAUCUAUGAUUGGUGGACCUAAGCGUGGGCAAGAUAUUCUCAGCCAUUGAGAUGUUGCCCUCUGAUUGCGCCUUUGAAGUCCUCCUGGCCCCAGGAGCAUCCGGACUAUCGCAUGAAUCAUAAAGGGCCAUCAUCCGCUCUUAGAAUAUCCUAGGAGCUGGAAAUAUUUACCGAAGAGAUCGUCAUAGUUGGUUGGACAUGGUCGAUGAGAAUCUUACCCCUUAUACUUCUUUUACAGAGGACGAAAGAUCCAAACGACUGGGAGGAGGGUGACAUCCACAAUUUCGAGUUGAUGUCUUCCCUUGAGCUUGAACAGUGCACCAAUGUCUAAGGUCUUAGGAACAUUUCGUCCACACGGCGCAAAGCAUCAGAAAUGCCCCGAUCAAAAUUAGAAACACGGCUAUGGAACAUAGUUGUAUGAUUCUUCAAAACGGAGGUUGUUAAAAUUUUAGCUACCAAUGAUGCUGGCCAUGGAAACGCCCCAACGCCGUCUUGUAGGGCAACUCGCAAGAGCAAAUGAUCUGGCUUUGAAGGACCGGGAUAUGGGAAACCGGAAACCAAAUUCCUGAAAAAUCUUGCGGAUGAAAGCGAGACACAAGCGGAAAAUGUGAAGAUCGCCGCUGGGCGAGCUAAAAGAGGAAGGUAAAAAUAGGAAUCUCGGCUGGGAUGAUGAAUUGACAGGUUAGCAGGGACGACUAUGUCAUCAGAUAUGAGAGGCAUUCGGUUAACAGCGAACUAUCGAGAAUGUGGAGGCGAACGACUCUAUGUCGGUGUUUCGAGUUUGCUCCACCUAUUAAGCAGCUUGGAGCGGACCAACCACUGCAUUUCCUGUUCUUGGUGCUGUUCUGCCUCCUGCCUCGUUAUGUUCGAUUAUAUUAUCAGAGGACAAGAAAUUCAGACACCCCUUUAAUUUAACGCGUCUCGCAGCAAAGCACCUUCGAGGAAGCAAAACCAAGAGACUAAUAAGUGCUUGCAGUCACUUAGUGAGGAAGGCUGAGCAUUGACAGAUUCCACCAUGAGCUUGAACACACAACGAAGAUCAAAUCAUUCUUGACAAAUGACAGCCAUACUAUUUUACACUGACUUAUUUUUAUCUACAUUUUCCACUUUUCGCGUUGCAAACUUCGACUUGGAUGCAAGAUCAUGCUGUCAGCUACCACAUCGGGUUAGUCCAGGUGGCUUGGAUAGGCGAUCGUGGGGGAGUGAGUGCCAUGCUCCAUCCCAUCCCCCCACAUUACGGGCAGCAGGCGCCGCUUAGCACGCUGUUUCAUGCAUGAACACUUCCCGCCAAACCAAUCGAGCUUUUGUCAAGCUCAGUUGUUCCGAAAGCGGCAGGAACUUGGCGAUCGCGAAGACUGGCCAUCGUAUAAAACCUUGGCCAUCCCCCUUUUUGGUGCUGUCCUUAAGAUAAUCGUUACUUCUUUGAGCAAGAUACGAGCCCCGAUCGAGAGCGAUCAUCGCCAGGUGCAGCUUUCCUGCUUCAAGAACAUCGAACAAUGGGAGCAUCUUGGAAGUAUAGCCCCGUUCAACUUCUCGGCGUCCAGGGACAGGCACCAAAAAUGAUGUUUUAUGAUGGACGCGAACUGCAUAAUCGAGGCAGUGCUGCGCUGUUAAUUCUUGCUUUUGACUUUCAAGAGUAAUGUCUCUCAUUUUUGUUUUUCUUUUUUCCUUUUUGUUUUUUGUUUUUUCUUGAAUGUUGUGGAGAUUUCAUUUCUACUUCUUUAGUGGAGAUUGGUCCACCUUGCAAAGAAAUGGGGUCAAUACGAUACCUCUAUAUGUCGUCACGAAUAGCUUCAUGAGAUGGAAUUGGAGUUGGGAUUAGUUUGAGGCAGAGUCUCGUAUCUGCUUUGGAUAUCACAAUUCAGGGGACGGGAAGAAGGUGCGAAGAGAACUACACUCUCUGCUCCAAUAUCGCGAGAAAAGCUAUAUAAGGAUGCUUCUUUCACCCUCGAAAGCUCUAUCUUUUCAUCAGAAGCAGCAGCUAGAAGACAAGUCACCUAGCUGAUCAAGAAGCGAUCGCCCUUCCCGCUUCAAGAGGCAAACACCUUUCUGAUCUCCUACCUUGUACCACAUACACAGUACUUCCACUCCUAAAUUGCAUUAAAGGCACAAAAGCCUACUCAGCCGAAAAUGCUGCCUCACCUCAUCCCCUACCUCCUCCCCACGGUGAUUCAUCUGUUCUCAGGUGUAACGCUGCCACAAUCGGUACCUUCCCCGAAUUCAAUGGCAACAAUCUCGGCUCAACCAAGAACGUUGUCAAGCGUGAUCCCGAACCGGAGCCCGGCAGAGACUCCAAGUACGAUUUUGACAUCGACGACGAUGGCGACAUUGACGAGUAUGACCUCAAGCAACUAAGCCCCCAAGAACUCGAAGAGGCAUUCAGGCUCAUGAGCGAAAUCCCGGAUAAUGUGCUUGAACAGGGCUCCGAUGCGACGGAGAAGUGGUUGAAGAAACAUAAGGGCCACUCGAAAGCGAUUACCGCCCGUUGGUGGGAUGAUGUAUGGAGUGUCACCAAGUGCGCUGGUGCUAUUGCCUACUUUAUCGUUGAGAACUACGCCGUCAUAGCUAAGCUGGGCAAGUUGAGGAAACUAAAGAAGCUCAAGGAGACCAUUGACGAGGUUGGUGGUUACAAGAACGCUGCAAAGCUACUACUUAGCCGCGGAAAGGGAAGCCGGAAGAAGAAGAACUAUUACAAGAAGCUGCAGAAACUUGCGGCGGAAAUCAUUGGCUUGGCCAUCAUUGAUUCCUAUUGUACCUAAAGGGUCGGCUAGUGGUGGGGAGAUUUUGAGCUGAGGAAGGGAACAUGGAUGAUAACACAUGACCGAGGGUUCGAUUCAUAGGUGGAGGAGGCAAUUUUCGGGUUUCCCUUCUUUAGACCAUUUUCUUACAUAUCCCCUUUGCUUUUCCUUAUAUAUGGUUUGUACAAAUAACCGGACAUACAUGCAUGAAUGAUAUGAUUCAACUCAGCCAAACUGUUCGUCAGUCAACUUUACAUAUGGAGAACAAGUUCGAGAAUAAAUGCCCUAUGAAUGUCAAACACCCACCCUGAAGCCUUAACCUGGUAUAGUUUAAAAUGUUGGCACGCGACGACAGGUCUUGGAUCUUAUUGCCAACCGCCCGCCCGUGCCAUCCUUCCUCCCCAACUUUGCCCAAGCAUAACCGACUCUACUCCAUCGUGAGCGCGUCUUGGUUUCUCUCCUCAGAUGAGCCAUGAGCACGUUUCGAAACGCUCCCCCUUCCUCCCAUGACAUGAUGUCACUAAUCAUCUGGUGUUUUGAAACUAACGGCAUCAUCAACGUCGGCAUGAUAACAUUGUCCGUUCUUGAAACUCUUCAACAAACGAAGGGUCCCCUGAUCAAACUGAGCAAAAAUUUAAAUAAAUAAAUAAAUAAAUAAAAUAAAAAUAAAAAUAAAAAACCGAGUAAUCAGGCACACGGGCGCCAUGGAUAGACAUCCAUGGACAUAUAUAUAAAUAAUAUCUGUUUUGACCAGGCAUUGCUCGGCUUCGUAUUCGCAAACCACUCGAAUUUACGCAUAACCGAUGCGAAUACGAACCCUCAUGGGUGGCUGACGAAGCAUCGGGCCCGUUCUAUUUUGAUCCGCUGGCCGAUUCGUUCGGGUUGAACAUUUA